AGGAAGUGCAGGCGAGGUGGUUGCAGCCGCGACCAUGGCCCGGGCGCUGGCAGGUCUGGCCUCGAGCUUGCAGGUCCCGCGGAUUGUCUCCAGCCCAGACUCGGACUCGGACACAGACUCGGAGGACCCGGGUCCCCCGCGCAGCACUGGCGGCCUGCUCCGCUCACAGGUCAUCCACAGCGGACACUUCAUGGUGUCAUCGCCGCACAGCGACUCCCUGACCCGGCGGCGCGACCAGGAGGGACCCGUAGGGCUUGGUGACUUCGGGCCACGCAGCAUCGACCCCACACUGACCCGCCUCUUUGAGUGCUUGAGCCUGGCCUACAGUGGCAAGCUGGUCUCACCCAAGUGGAAGAACUUCAAAGGCCUCAAGUUGCUGUGCCGGGACAAGAUCCGCCUCAACAACGCCAUCUGGAGAGCCUGGUAUAUCCAGUAUGUGCAGCGACGGAAGAGCCCGGUGUGCGGGUUCGUGACGCCCCUGCAGGGGUCUGAGGCUGACGAGCAUCGCAAACCCGAGGCCGUUGUCCUGGAAGGGAAUUACUGGAAGCGGCGCAUCGAGGUGGUGAUGCGCGAGUACCACAAGUGGCGCAUCUACUACAAGAAGCGGCUCCGUAAGUCCAGCAGGGAAGGGGAUCUCUUGGCCCCUAAGCAGGCGGAAGGUGGGUGGCCGCCACCAGAGCGAUGGUGCCAGCAGCUCUUCUCCAGCGUGGAGCCCGGCGGGCGGCAGCUCCUGGACCUCGACUGCUUUCUGUCCGACAUCUCCGACACACUCUUCACCAUGACACAGCCCAACUCUUCGCCCCUGCAGCUGCCUCCCGAGGAUGCCUACAUCAGCAAUGCUGACAUGAUCCAGCCGGACCUGACGCCCCUACAGCCGAGCCUGGAUGACUUCAUGGAGAUCUCAGGUUUCUUCACCAGUUACCGCCCCCCACAGACGCCCACAGCUUCAAACUUCAUGGAGCCCCCCAUCUUCAGCCCCAUGGCUGAUUCCAGCCUCAGCAGCGCGAUCCUGGCCCCAGGGGCUCCCCCAACUUCCUCAGGAUUGCCCCACCUCCCAGGACAGAGCCGCCUGCAGGCUCGGAACAGCUGCCCUGAGCCCUUGGACCCCCGCACCUACCUGAGUUCUGAUUUCCUCCUUCCGGAAGAGCCCAGGCCCAAGCUCCCACCGCCUCCUGCACCUCCACCCCUCCUCCCAUACCCUGAUCCUGACAAGCUGCCAGGCCUGCAGCCCUGUACUCCAUCUCUCUUCCCUCCAGUGGCUUCAACCCCUGCUUUGCUGCAGGAAGAACCCCUCUUCUCAGCCAGGUUCCCCUUUCCCACAACUCCGCAGGCCCUGGGAGCAUCCCCACUGCCUGCGCCCACAGCCUUCCCAGCCAGCCGGGCAGUGCAGCUGACCCCAGCCCCUGGCCCGGGUCCCACCCCCUUCCCCAUAGACCCUCUACCCUCAGGGUACCCAGAGCCCAGCUUCUGCAAUCCCUUCCCAGCACCUCAGGGGGUGCGGCCCAGGGGCGAGCCCCCUGCCCCAUCCCCCAGGGAACGGAAGGCCAGCCCCCCCACCUUGGCCCCUGCCACCUCCCCAGGCAGCAACCUCUGCCUUACCCAGCUGUUAAGAGCAGCCAAGACCGAGCAAGCCCUGGAGCCACCACUUGUGCCUGGUGCCCUCCUCCGGCCCCCAGGGUCUCCGGUAAGAUGGGGGACAGGGGAAGGUGGGAAGGAGCCCAAGGCCUCAGCUCCAACUUUCAGCCCUUCUGCACCCCAGCAGGAGACGGUCCCCGAAUUCCCCCAUGCCUUCUUUCCCCCACCCCCGGCCCUUACACCACCCCGGCCACCACCUGGCCCAGCCACCCUGGCCCCUCCAAGGCCCCUGAUCGUCCCCAAAGCAGAGCGGCUGUCACCUCCAGCACCCAGUGGCAGUGAGCGGCGGCUGUCUGGGGAACUCAAUUGCAUACCAGCCCCGGGAGCCCUGAGUGUGGGCGUCUCUCCCCCUCAACCUGUCCUACGCCGAGUACGGCCAGAUAACAGCAAGACUGAGAACCGGCGCAUCACACACAUCUCGGCCGAGCAGAAGCGGCGCUUCAACAUCAAGCUGGGCUUCGACAUCCUUCAUGGCCUUGUGAGCACACUUAGUGCCCAGCCAGGCCUCAAGGUGAGCAAGGCGACCACGCUGCAGAAGACAGCCGAGUAUAUUGCCAUGCUGCAGCAGGAGCGUGCCGCCCUGCAGGAGGAGGCCCAGCAGCUGCGGGAUGAGAUCGAGGAGCUCAACGCCGCCAUCAACCUGUGCCAGCAACAGCUGCCCGCCACAGGGGUGCCUAUCACGCACCAGCGCUUUGACCAGAUGCGGGACCUGUUUGAUGACUAUGUCCGGACACGCACACUGCACAACUGGAAGUUCUGGGUCUUCAGCAUCCUCAUCCGGCCUCUGUUCGAGUCCUUCAAUGGGAUGGUGUCCACGGCGAGCCUGCACAGCCUGCGCCAGACUUCACUGGCCUGGCUGGACCAGUACUGUUCCCUUCCUGCUCUCCGGCCCACUGUCCUCAACUCCCUUCGCCAGCUGAGCGCGUCCACCAGUAUCCUGACCGACCCAAGCCUUGUGCCCGAGCAGGCCACUCGGGCAGUCACAGAGGGCACCCGGGGCAAAGUGUUGUAGUCCUGGCACACCCUCCAGGUGCUCCCCUCCUGCCCCAGGCCCUGGUUGGCACCUUCCUGGUGUCCCCACCUCUCAGAGACUGACAUGAGCCAGGGAGUCCCGUGCCUGCUCUGCCUCUGUCCCUGGUGACUUGAAAUCUCUCUGGAGGGUGGGGAACCAACCAACAUGGACCUGUGGCCUUAGCCAAAAUGCCACCUGGUGACUCAGGGAGCUCAGGGGAGAGCAGGGGACAGUCCUGUCUCUGGGUCACUCCUGCCUGCUCCCUUGGGAAUGCCAGGCUCCUUCAGGGUGCCUUCUCCUGAACAAGGCCUGGGAAGGUUGAUGCCGGGGAGGACCUAUGCCAAGUCAUCUUGUGUGUGUGUGGCUGUGUGAGUGGGUUUUGUAAAGAAUUUUUGAGCAAUAAAAGCAAAAACUGUC